AGGGAAGGAGGGAUGGAGGGGGCGGAAACUCUUCGCUUCUCCGCACUUUUUAUGGAAGCGUUGCAGUUUGCAAGGAGGAGGUGGUAUAAAUGAUAAAACAGCAUCUAUAAUUUCUAAUCCAUUUUAUGUUUGGGCUUCACUUCACUGCUGAGAAGAUGAGCGGUGUGUCAGGUGUCGUGACUCGGACGGUGGAAAAUCGAGAAAAGGACCGCACAACUAAUGGUCAAUGCAGGCGGUUUAGACUCACUCGACAAGAUCAAGAUCAGCCAGGCUACACCUUGGAGUGGCGCAGCAACAAAGAGAGCAGCAUAGCGGUGCUGCCACAGCAACCAGAAGAACAGGCUGAAACACGUGAACUCAUCAGUUCCACAGAAGAAGUAAUUAAGGUUUACCUUGAAGCCUGUCCAGAGUCAGUGGAGAGUGUCAAGAUGCUGACGGAUGAGGCAUCACAGAUUCAGGAGGUGAGGUAUUGUCUGAAGACUCUGAGGGAGCAGAUGGCAGCCAGGCAGAAAAAUAACAACAAGCAUCCAGCCAAUGGCUUCAAAGUCAGUAUGCCCAGCAGCCAACCAGCUGUCCCCAGUAGAAACACUGCUUUCGUUGAGUCAGACAUUCAAGUUACGGAUAAUCAGGAGGAGAAUGUAAAGCUCAGGGAGGCAACCCAGCAUCUGUACACACAGCUGAAGGAGAUGGAAAAGAGGCAUCAGAAGGAGAGAGAGAGACUGCAGGCUGAGUCCAAUGAAUACUGUACUCGUCUGGCUGAGCAGUCGGAACGGCUGCAGAAGGCAGAGGAACAGUCGGAGGAGAGAGGUCAGCAGGUGGAGGAGCUGCAGCAGCUCCUGGGAAGCAUGGAGAUUGAGAAUGGCAUCCUCAAAAACAAGAUGGCCGCACGGGAGGCAGAGCUGCUGCAGCUCAAAGCAGACACGGGGAGAGAGCAGGGGAAAGAGAAAAGGUGUGCAGAGCUUGAGAAGGAGGUGGCCAUCCUGAAGGAAAAGAUUCAUCACCUUGACGACAUGUUGAAAAGUCAGCAGAGGAAGGUCCGCCACAUGAUCGAACAGCUGCAGAACUCCCGGACUGCGAUCCAAGAGCGAGAUCGAGUUAUCAGAGAUCUGGAGGAGAAGGUGGCUUUCCUGGAAGCUGAGAACAAAGAAAUGCAUGACCACAUGGAGCACCUCCUGGAAGGCAAGGACCCUCAGCCCCUGAAGUCCACUUUGAAAAAGCCAGAGGUCGUUUACAGUAAAACACUCAGACCAAUGUCACCGACCAACAAGGCCCUCCCAUGCAUCAAAGUCAUAGAGAUCAUGUCCUGAGUGGGAUGUGAACCAAGGGACUGGCUUUCUCAGCAUCAAACAGAAUCCGUACAAGGAAAGUACAAAUGAAUUCAAAUUGGGAUCCAAAGACAGGAGGAAUCCUACAAAAGAAACAUGAUGGAGCUGCACAAUGAAAAAAAUUUUACUGAACUCCUUAGAUGAUGUACAAACACAAAUCUGUACCAUGUCAGCAAGUUUUCGAGAUGCAGAGGCAGUAGCACGAGUUCAAGUAAAAAUCCCUGCGUUCCCCGUGUUAAGGUUUUCCACCUCCUCUUCUCUCCUACACAGAAUCUUUCAACAGGUCAGUGUCAAAGGUGGGUCGAGUUAUUAUUGUUAAUGUCUUUGCUAUGCACACUCUUGGACAAAUGUACAAAGAAAAUCAUACUGUGUUGAGUGUUUUCAGCACUGCUUCUUCCUACAGCCUACUUGACCAGUCUUAAGCAUCAGGGUCAAAGUUGUCAGUGCCGUGCACCUUACUUCCAUAGGACCUGCAGAUUUUUUGAAUUUGAAAUAUGAUUUAACUUGCAUAUAUUUCUCUGACACUACAGUGGGUCAGAAUAAUAGUGAUAAUGCUGUUCUAUGUAUUAGAAUUUUGACUUUUUAGCUAUGCUGAAAAAUACUGAUUAUGGGCUACAUGUAUUAAUAGACUGAAAACUAAAUGUAUUUCUUAUUUAUGCUACCAAAUGCUCCUUCAACCCACUUAUUAUAUAACAUGUUUUGUGUUAAAAGGUUUCAUACUUAAUACCAAGAAUUCCAGUUUAACUGAUACAACUCAAAUAAUUAUGCAUCAAUUGUCCGGAUGUUGCUGUUUAUUUCUGUAAAUUUUUCUCUGAUACGGUGCAGGAUGAACGUUUUUAUAAAGUGCAUAACCAUUUACUGUGAA